CCAGGGCCCGAGCUGGAGCUAAUUGGCAUAACUUCCAAGUCGUUCCUCACACAAUGGACACGGUCGGUUAUCAUCCCGUCAGCGAUCUUUCGACCGCGGUGGCAUCCGAAAUCAAAGAAUGGCACUUUCACAUUUACUUUCAUCAACGAAAUGCCAUUGAGCAUGACGCAGCUCUUCAACUACGGGAUGCCGUUCUUCGCCUCCGUCGCGAUGGUGCAUUUGUUGCAGUACCUCUCUUCCGAGUCAACUCAGAACCCAUUGGGCCUCAUCCCGUUGGUUCGUAUGAGAUUUGGGUGCCGUCCGAGACCUUCUCUGCGGUCUUCUCAUAUCUUUGUUUGAACAGAGGCAAUUUGAGCAUUUUGGUACAUCCCCUAACACGAGAACAGCGAAAGGAUCACGAGACUAGAAACGCGUGGAUGGGCCCAUCUUUUCCUCUUGAUCUCUCUACACUUCCCCUGCGGAGUGAUGAGAUUCCUCUGCAGUAUCCCAUCCUCAAACUUGGUUACUCAGCCGCGCCCCAACUCACUCUCGAGCAACGGCUCAAAAUUGGAGCGAACGUCGAGCAUAUUCUUAGCACCGAGAAGGAAGCAGCUCGAGCCCCUCCUCGGGAAUAAACUUGUAUAAGUUUCAGUGCUAGGCAGUAUCCUCGGUCAAUUCUUGUUUCCGCAGCAUCACCAGCAGAUCUUUGUAUUCAAUAUGUGCAAAUACAUAAUUGAAGUCAGUUUUCACUUCGUCU